AAUUUAUUAAGUGACAAUAGAGAUUCAGACUCUAAAUUUCUGAAAAGAAUCAGCUCGUGUGUGAUGUGCCGAAAUUGAAAACUUUGUUUUAGGGCGAAUCUACUGACUGCGCCAGUUAGCCCUGGCUCGCAAGAGUCGCAAGCAACUUGCUCGUUCAUGGAAUUUAGGGUGUCGAUUACGACAUUACACCAAAACACAUACCUACUCGUGAAAUAAAGAAAAUAUUCAAAUUUAUUCGCAGAAUAGUAUUUUUAUCUGGGAUUUAAUGGCGCAACCGUCGUGGAGCUAAUGUAUCGUACACCAUUGUCGCCCUGUGAACUCGCGCGGCAGAAAUGUCUUGACGUCCUCAGGAAGCUUUAUAAAGAUGUUUCGUUAGGAAUUAAGUCACAUCGUUUGGAGCCGAGGAGCUGAUAAGAUGUCAUCAAAGCGUAGUGUGACGUCAGUGGCCAUGGUGCUAUUCUGGGUAGCAGUACUGUGCGUCGAUACUGCGCGGGCGCGCUGUAAGCUACGCAAACACAUGCACAAGGCCAUGCAGACGGACUUUACUGGACGACGGUGCUGGGACGACGUCAAGAUACAGUCCUGCUGGGGAUACUGUCUGUCCUACGAGAUUUCGGACUGGCGCUUCCCAUACAAGGAUUCGCACCACCAAGUCUGCGGUCACGAAGAGCGCAAGCACGCCUCCGUCAAACUGAGACACUGCGACCCCGGCGUGGAGCCCGGCACCGACACCUACCACUACAUCGAGGCAACCAGCUGCAAGUGCCAGGUGUGUUCGUCAGAAGACACGAGCUGCGAGUGGCUGCCGCCAGACUCCAGCCUCCUCGGCGGCCUGGUCCUCAAGGAGGAGAUAGAAGAGGAGGAAUAACACUAACGCGUACAUGUACAAGGACCGAAGAGGAGAAAUACCACUAACGCGUACAAGGACCGAGUUACAUCGCAAGUUAUGUUAAGUAAACAGUUAUAAGACAAA